CCCUAUCCACCGUCUAACAGUACAGAAAACUGGCAGAUUUAAUAUUUACUGUAAUAUCGAGUUAACCAUUUUCGUCGUCGGUCAAAAUUAGCUGCAUAUUUUGAUGCACACAAGGAGACGCUCGGUGAAGUCGAUAAUCUGCCGCUUUUCCUUAAUGAAAUUGCUAUUACUGAGUUUGUGGAAGCAAUUUGCAGUUAAUCACUUACACUUAACCAGAGCACGGCAAUGGUUGUACUGCGACUCGUUUGAGUAGCCAUAAUCACUUUCACUGAGGAACACGGCUCGCUUCCGACUUCACUGAGCGUCUCCUCGUGGUGCUAGCAGAGCCAGAAUUAAUUUUUGUAUCAACACUGCAAUCCUAAUAAUAUUACUGUAGUGUAGUUGACAAGAAAAAGCGCGCCACUAGUUUUGCGCAAUUGCCAUGGACAGCCUAACAGCGGCCAAUUCUUCGUCCCUAUCAUAUUUAAUCGUUAAUAUUUCGAACUGGUCGCCGGAUGCGAGCGUAAACGAUAUUAACGCCAGCCUUAUCAACACUCAACAUGCGCACAAUGAUCCGCACAUGGGCACAAUGCGCGUCAGAUAUACUGGCGACGAACCUCGUAAUGUGUACUUGGCUUGCCGAGCGGUGUACUUUUGCUUGUUGAUUUUGUGCACCGUGGGCAAUGGAUUGAAUUUGGUGGUGUUGAUUCGUAGUGUUCCCACGUGGAAGACAUCAGCGUGUCACUACAUGAUCGGCACAGCCGUUGCUGAUAUUCUGGCACUGUGGUUCGGUUUAAUUAUCUUUUGGUCGGAUCUUAUGCUGGGCUGGAGCUGGCACCAUGUUACGACGGGUGUGGCAAUCUUCUUACCGUGGUUUAUGGAGGCCUCGGUGAAUUUGUCCGAUUGGAUCCUGGUUAUUUUUUCUUGGGAAAGGCUGCUCGUUAUUAUGAAUCCUUUUCGAUUCCGAUUUCUGCAGCGGGUUUCAGUAGCGCGCUUUGUAAUCGUCGUUCUCACCGUUCUAUCGAUGACGCUUCACAUGGUUUAUCUGGCGGCAAUGUGCUGCGUAUCGUCCCUGACUGAAGACUCCAGUACGGGCCUACCUGAACAUUUCCCAGAAUGGGCGAUGGUCUGGAACUCCUUUAAUACGAGAGCCCAGAUUGCUGUGCGCAUUCUGACUUUUUUGCUGAUCCUUGUUCCCACUAUUGGCCUAAUUAUCUUCCUGGCGCACCACCAACGAUCCAAGUUUGGCCAGAUGCGCCGUUUACAGAGAGCUGCAGCUGCGUCGGCCUCUGCCAGUAAAUCCGUAUCUCAGCACGGGAUCAACAUCAUUCUCCUCAGCAAUGCAAUGCUCUUUCUUAUUACGCGGUCCCCAAAGUUCUUCGACUUGUGUGUAUCAGCGGCACCGUAUGACCUUUCAAUUUCUUAUGUUACCGAUUAUACCGUGCAUAAUCUGGCGCAACCAAUCAUCUAUACAGUAACAUACAUGGGUUAUUCGUUAAAUUUCUACCUUUAUUUGCUGACCGAACGUCAAUAUCGGCGUCGUUUCGUGGAACUAGUUGUUCGUCCAGUGCUCCGCCCCUGGCUACCUGUAGUAUUCGCUAACAACAGUAGUGGACGAACUGAAAGUGUGGAGUUAAGCGCUAGGACUUCAACGCAGCCGAUAUCACCAUGACAGCGUCAUUUUCUUACCGCUCCAGGUUUCACUUCAGAUGAUUCAUUGUUGACCGCAAGAAGCCGGAAAUAUGUUUAUAUUCCUUCAUAUUUCCGAAAUUUUGGUCCGCUUUUGUAAGUCUGUUACUGAAAAAAGAAAAAUUCGAACAAAAUAUAUCAAGAAA